CCAGGACAGCCCAUGCAGGAGGUAUGCAUUAACUCCUCCCCUCUCUCUGCGAUCUGUUACGUCCUCCUCCUCCCCCUCUCCGGAGCCAGCAGCAGCACAGGAGCUGCCGUGCCUCGUCUUUCACGGAGGAGAUCCCGAAAGCCGGAGUAAUAGCAAAACCCCCAUACAGCCAUGGCAGAAAACGCCGGCUUGGAAAACCACCGCAUCAAGAGCUUUAAAAAUAAGGGACGUGAUGUCGAGACUAUGAGAAGACAUCGAAAUGAGGUGACGGUUGAGUUGAGAAAGAACAAACGAGACGAACAUCUACUGAAGAAGAGAAAUGUCCCGCAGGAGGAGAGUCUGGAGGACUCUGAUGUCGACUCAGACUUCAAAGGACAAAAUGUUACGCUUGAUGCCAUCUUACAGAACGCUACCAGUGAUAAUGCAGUUAUCCAGCUCAGUGCUGUACAGGCAGCCAGAAAACUGCUCUCGAGUGACAGAAACCCUCCCAUCGACGACUUGAUAAAGUCUGGGAUCCUGCCCAUUUUAGUCAAAUGCCUGGAAAGGGACGACAACCCCUCUCUUCAAUUCGAGGCAGCUUGGGCUCUGACCAACAUUGCCUCUGGGACGUCAUCACAGACUCAGGCUGUGGUUAAAUCCAAUGCAGUGCCCCUGUUCCUGCGACUGCUGCACUCUCCCCACCAGAACGUAUGUGAACAGGCUGUAUGGGCUUUAGGAAACAUUAUAGGUGAUGGUCCACAGUGCAGGGAUUAUGUCAUCUCUUUGGGCGUGGUCAAGCCCCUGCUUUCUUUCAUCAACCCAUCAAUCCCCAUCACCUUCCUCCGCAAUGUUACCUGGGUCAUUGUUAACCUCUGCCGCAACAAGGAUCCACCACCACCCAUGGAGACUGUGCAAGAGAUUUUGCCCGCCCUCUGUGUGCUAAUAUAUCACACCGAUAUAAAUAUCCUUGUAGACACAGUGUGGGCUCUGUCCUAUCUGACGGACGGCGGGAACGAGCAGAUCCAAAUGGUCAUUGAUUCUGGAGUCGUUCCAUUUCUUGUGCCUCUCCUCAGUCAUCAGGAGGUCAAAGUUCAGACGGCAGCUCUGAGGGCAGUGGGUAAUAUCGUGACAGGGACAGACGAGCAGACGCAGGUUGUGCUUAACUGUGAUGUCCUCUCACACUUCCCCAACCUGCUCACACACCCUAAAGAAAAGAUCAACAAGGAAGCAGUCUGGUUCCUGUCCAACAUUACAGCUGGGAACCAGCAGCAGGUCCAAGCUGUGAUCGAUGCUGGGCUGAUUCCUAUGAUUAUUCACCAACUGGCUAAGGGUGACUUUGGCACUCAGAAGGAGGCAGCGUGGGCCAUCAGCAACCUCACCAUCAGUGGGAGGAAAGACCAGGUGGAGUUCCUGGUGGAGCAGAAUGUCAUCCCUCCGUUCUGUAACCUGCUGUCAGUGAAGGACUCUCAGGUGGUGCAGGUUGUGCUGGACGGCCUGAAGAAUAUCCUCAUCAUGGCAGGAGAUGAAGCCAGCACUAUUGCGGAGAUCAUAGAGGAGUGUGGAGGUUUGGAGAAGAUAGAAAAUCUGCAGCAGCAUGAGAAUGAGGAUAUCUACAAACUAGCCUUUGAGAUUAUUGAUCAGUACUUUUCAGGAGAUGAUAUUGACGAAGAUCCCAGCUUGAUCCCCGACACCACUCAAGGAGGGACCUUCAACUUUGAUCCAGCUUCCAACAUGCAAACGAAGGAGUUCAAUUUCUAAAAGCCAGGAUGUUUGGUUCAACCAGCUGCACGGGUACUCUGUAAUCACCCCAGACAUUCAUCCAUCUCUCCUCCAACCUGGCAACCUGGUACCGAAGGAUUUACUUCGAUUUACUACAUCACUUCAACAUGGAAACUCACCACGGAAGGAUUUACCCACCCCCACCUCUGCACUGCAGGGUGUUUUUUUUUUUGUUUGUUUGUUUUAAUGGUCAUCCUUCACCGAACAAAGCAACCCCACAUAGGAGUCCUGGUCUUUCAACAGGCACCAUCACCAUCUGGCAACUUGCAUCAGGAGGAUUGUCAGUGUUCUCUGCCAGUGCUUCUAAAUAUAACACAAAAAUUAAACCAGAAGGAAGAAAAAGCCUUCGUGGCAAGAUUUAAUUGCCAAAUGUCAAGUCUUCAUAAAGACAAAAACACAAGCACAUUUUCAGACACAACACAUGCAUAAACACACUUUUUUGACACUUAGAAUUUGUGUGCAUAAUUCUGUUAGAAGCCAUCAUAUCACUUAUGGGGAAGAAAUACUGCUGUUUGUUUGUGGUUUAUUUUUGUGCUUUCCCUCCCCUGGAUUGUCCUCUGGUGUUACUUCACCCACGCGCACGCACAGUGACAUACAAGUACACACAUCAACACACUUAGUCACACAGAUUCCCGGUGGCCGGGCACCCCAAUAACCCUCUCUCACCCAGUUUAAAGAGUUAAUCCCAGAGCUAAGCCAUGAUUAACCACGGACCCCCACUGCCCUCCCAGGAGCGUCCUGGGGCAGGUGGAGGGGUGAAAGGGCUCAAAGGCAAAAAGAGGACUCCGUGGCAAACUGACAGACAGGACUUCUGACUCAAUGACGUCACUUUUUUAAUGUGACCUCUGUUGAAUUAUCAAACUUAACGUUUGUUUAAAAAAAUCAUCAAAUGUGAAGAAAAUGCCAUAAUUCUUUCUUUUUUUUUUUCCAAUACAUAUAACUGUAAGACCUGCUAACUGCCUGCUUCUGAUUCAGCAGAGCGACAACAGUUUUUUGUUUUUUACGGAUGUGAAUACUUGUCAUGGGAGGAAGCACCUUUAGGUGAAGGCGCAGAGACUUAAGAGAAGAGGAACGUAUCAGCUGUAGCGUUUAUCCCCCCUACAGGACAUCCAUUUCUGCAGCAUGAGCUCGGUCGCGUCCUGUGAUCCAGUGAACUGUUUGCUCGGGACUCCCCUGUAAUGUGAAACUCGGAAGGGGGGGUUUAACACAAAAAUACCGUCGAGCUAAAAUCGACCCGAAUUGCUUAUCUGACCUUAAUCUUAUUUUAAUUCUUUUAAAUUCUCUCUUCAAACAAAAAUUUUAGGUUCAUGUUUCAGCUUCUUCUGGUUGAGUCUGUGGAGCUUCCAUAUGUCUGUUUUCCUUUUUCCUUUUCUUCAGUCUUAUGCACACGUCUGAGACACAUAUUGAUGUCUGCCUGCAGAAAGGGACCUAUACUCAUUGAAGACUAGACUUAUAUAAGGAGUACAGGUCCUGACCUUUACCGUACUUAACUACUUUCAAUGAAGAGGUCACAUGUCAUCACUCAAUUUGAAUAAUUGUACAAAAAUGUGAUGUGUAUCUCUCCUUGCCGUCUAAUGAAUAUAUGAAUAUAUUUACAUAAAGCCUGUACAAAGCUGCUGCAGCUGACAGUCAUUGGAUGGACGAUAACCUUACUGUCAAAGAUGGCUGGGGAGGGUUUUUUUUGUUGAAGCAAUAUUUCAUUGUUUUCAUUUUUGACUUGCAUAUGUAUUGUGAUGACAUGCUGAUGAAUUGGAACAGGCUGGUUUUUGUUUUUCUCUCUUCGUAGUGGUGACGGGCUGUUUUAAAAUGUACCGUCCCAUGUCCCAGUUGGUGUGUGGGUGCGGGUUUGAGGUGUCAAACUUGUGAACCCGACCCUAGCCCUGGUCUCGAAGACUUUAUGAUCCUCUGGUUGGCUGCUAACUACUGAGAGAGGGUCAGAGCAAAGGGGGGGAUCACACUGGGGUUUUAAAUAUUGGGUGGGGUUGUUAUGAGCAGCCCAGGCUUGUUUUUGGGACUAGCUGUUUAUUACUGAACAAAACUAUAGAGAGGGUGUACAGUCAUGAACUAGCAGACUAGACCGAGCCACUUUAAAGAUUUACAAUUCCGUUGCCUUGUAUCUGAAUUAGAUACAAGCUUAUGUUUGUUGCAAGAUUUUUACUUGCUAAUGAAAAGUUGUUUUAAAUAAAAUGAUAGGAGAAAAGCAACAGACAGCGUUUUGGCCUCUGAUUGUUUAUAUCUUUUUAUAAAUUUUAGAUUGAAUUCCUCUCUUUAAGGUGGCUCAUUGAUGCUUUCAACUCUUGUGCAUAUUAAAGACAAGAAUGAGUUGAAAAUCAUUGUGCCUUUUGUUUUUCAUUUCAACUAAAACUAGGUUUUAUUGAAUAGAAAAGAUUCUUUGAGCAACUGGAGAAUUUUGAAAUGGGAGCUGUGGCUACAGUAAUAUGUGGUCUCCCUGUUGUUGGAGUUUGCCAUGGGAAUGGUCAAUGCUGCUCUCUGCUGUUGAGAGUAACUGCUCCCCUCCGAUCUUAUUCACUGAACAUUGUAACACACCAUUUCUCCCACUCAUUACACCCCUCCCUCCCCCCAAAGAAAACAACAACAACACCGCCACGAACCAUCUUUGCCAUUUUUCAAUCAGGGGAUUUUGAUAUCAUCUCCUCUCAUCUCACCCUCAGGACAUGAUCUGUGUUUCUGAUCCUAACCAAAAUAAACUUGCUGUUUAGCCGUUGGAUCCUC